AUGGGCGCGGCGGAGAGCCGUCCCGAGGCGGGGGAAGAUAGUAUUGCCCCCAAGCAAGGAUUUCAUGUGAUCCGUGUGGCACAGGGAAGUCCUGCGCAGCACGCGGGAUUCGAGCCUUUCUUUGACUUUUGCAUCGGCAUCAAUGGCCAGCCGCUGACCGACCUCGGUGUCGAGUUUCCGCCGGGCAUGCCGAUCGGCCGCCGCAUGGGGUACGCAAGCUGGAGCAUGGUCGAGGCGAACGAAGGGCGCGAGAUCGUCCUCAACGUUUGGAGCUCAAAGCAACAGGCUUACCGAGAUGUGCGUAUCGUCCCAUCGCGCGCGUGGUCGGAAUCAUUUGCGCGGGAGAGCGGGCAACCGUCGCUGCUCGGCCUCACGCUCCGCCUGUGCAACCCGACGGUGACCAUUAGUCACGUAUGGCACAUUCUCGACGUGCUCGAAGGCAGCCCCGCCGACUCUGCCGGCCUUGUGCCGUACGGCGACUAUAUCAUCGGCUGGACGGGGGGACCGCUGGAGAGCGAGAACGACUUUUUCCAGCUGAUCGAGCAGCACGCCGGCCGCAACCUCGCGCUGUAUGUCUACAAUAGCGACUACGACCACACGCGCGAGGUGGUCAUUAUGCCGAACCGCGACUGGGGCGGCGACGGCCUGCUUGGCUGUGGUGUCGGCUAUGGACUGCUGCACCGCAUUCCCAAGCCCCAACGGACAUGGGAAGAGGAGGAAGCACCGCCGGCGCCGGCGGCCAGCGCCCCGGCACAGCCCUAUGCACCGCCCCCGCAAGGCUACUAUGGUGAGCACGCAGACUACAACGAGGCCGGCAACGCGUCCGGCGUGACGGUCAGCGUACAUGCCGAAGAGGAGGAGUAG